AUGGAGAGGCAGCUCGAGGGUGAGGCGGACCUCCCAACCGCUGGCGACAGCCCACGAUGCGACCCAGUCGGCGACGACGAGGACGAGAUGAGCAUUUGCGACGCCGUCGACGAGGCGGAGACGGGGUCCAACACGAUCAGCCCGGCAGCCGCGACGGCGGCAGGAGGCGAGGCGAGCAGCAGUGCUCCAGGAGGCGAGACGGUCCUCGGGCGGCGCGAGCGAGGGGAGGCGCUCGACGACGAGGCGCCGACCGUGAUGGCGGAAGGCGACGAGGCGAGCAGCAGUGCCCCACCAGCAAAGCGGCCGCGCGGAACAAAAUCGAAGCCGAAGAAAGGAGGGAGGAAGGCCAAGAUGGGAGCCAAACAAAUCGAUAGCGAGAGAAACAGAGAGAGCGCGCGUGACCAGAGGAGUUCAUGA